AUGAAAGUUGUUGGACACUCAUGGACCACUAGAGAUGGCGCAGAAAGAGUUUUAAAGACAAGGUUUCCGAUUCUAAAGUUCAUGCGGUCGUAUAGCUUGAGUAAGCAAACAAGUAUUGUCAUUGCUUGUUGCGCCUUACAUAAUUUCAUCAAGAUUCAUGCAAAAGAUGAUAAACUAUUUCAUGAAUAUGAAAAUUAUGAAGAUGAAGAAGGUUCGACUUCUGUGGUUGAACUACCACUCACUGAGUUCAACGUCAGCUAUGCAGCAACACGCGAGAUGACCGAGAAGCGUGAUGACAUUGCUAACCAGUUAUGGAGUGCUAAUCAUGUUUAG